ACGGUAGGCCUAACCGUAGAAAUAAUUUUAGCUGUUUUUUCAGAUUUCUCCGGCAUAGUGUGGACGCUGCAUGUAUACCUCUCACUAACCUUGUCCUCUCGGUCCCUUCUUUAAGUAUUAGUUACAGACCGUCGUUUUUUCCCCUUUUUAUUAUUUCAAAAUUGGACUGGAAUGGGAUUACCUGUUAUUAUCAUGUCGAAUCAUAAACCUGAGGAAAAAACGAGGAUCCGUAACUUACAGUAGGGACGAAAAAUUUGAGGUUAGUAGUACAUUUGUUAUAUCUCUACUGUCAGUCUCAAAGGUUUAGGAGACCAUUUCAAAUUACGAGGAGUGGGUUCAAAUGACUGACGUAGUCGUCAAAGGCAAAACGAGUUAAUUGGAAAUCGUUGCUUAGUAUAAGUAUAUUUUACUUCUCUUAGUGUGCUUGUGUGAGCUGUUUUUUUUUUUUUUUUCUGCUUUUUUUUCUUCCUUUGUUUUUGCGCGUUUGCGCGUUUAGCUUUGCUUAACUACUUUUUAUCCUAUUAUGUUAUGUAAAUUACGAUCAUUUUGUGUGCUGAUGACAGCAUUUAUAUUCUUUUGUUAAGUCUUAGCCGGGUUUGCAUAAGCCUUAUUGGCUUCCCUGGGAAUCCUUACCUUAUACAUUGACAUUUUGUAUGGCUCAAAAAACAAAAAAACAAACAAAACAAACACGAUUAAAUGCAUGUGGUCAAAACUCUCACAGAAAGAAGUGCAUUUCACGUUUAUUCAACGUAAAAAAUUAAGAAAAUUUGGCGAAAAAAUCACAAGACAUUUUGGCGACAAAAACACCUUCAAUUUUUUUUUAUGGAUCUCUCAGUAGAAUUAUCCGGCCCGCUGAAUUGACCAAUCACGACGCGCAAAUACAGCUGCGGAGAAAAACAAUUGAAAGAAACUGCUAAUGAUACCGGCCUUCACUUAACUGAUGUUAAGAUAAAUUGGCCAGUUUUUAUGUCAACAAAUUUCAUUUUCUAAAUAAAUGGUCGCGACUUAAUUGUGCUACUGGCUUUUCCUCGAGAGGUCACUGUCAGUGAGUAACUCUAAAUCUUUUGACAAUACAUUUCUUUUUUAGUUUGAGAUUUCUCAGUUAAACAUCGAACGUCGUUUCGGUAAAAACAGGUGAAUUACAGCAUGCUGUAUAUAUCCACUUAUUUCACGUAUGUCCACAUAUUUGUCAGUCAUCUAAAUGAACUGCUUAUGAUGGCAUGUUUCAAGACUAUAAUUCUUUUUGCUUGCGAUGUUGGCAGAAGAUUGCUUUUGCCUAAUUAGUUUUUCUUCUAAGUUAUCGAGGAUCAGAAAACACAUACCUAUGUGAGUAAAUAGUGAAAAUGAUUAAAUUUCACCAACGUAUUGGUAGCAUGUUAGUUCAGGAGAUAUCGAUUUCUUUGCGACACCUUUUUAUGAUUAAGUUAAAUUACCUGAAGAAAGGAAAGCCCAUCGCCUGAUUUUGACUAUCGAAAAUGGCAGGCGAUUCAAUCCCUUAUGUCAUCAAUGCCGCGAUGAACAUUCCGCUUUCGCUGCUUGCAGUAUUUGGAAAUUCGCUGAUUCUAGUCUCCUUUGUUAAGAACCCGUCUCUCAUUUCACCAUCCAAUAUUGUUUUGAUCAGCCUAGCAUUGUCCGAUCUUUGUGUUGGACUAAUCGUUCAGCCGAUGUACAUAGCGUGGAGACUCAACCAGUCUGGCUUCAUCAACGAAACCUGGAGGAAUGAUAUUCUCUUUUUAGUGGCGGUGUUUUUAUCUGGCAUCUUGUGUAUGUUUUCGCUGUUGACAGUCACUGUCCUCAGCGCAGACAGAUACCUUGCCCUGCGUCUUCAUUUGCGAUACAACGAGUUUAUUACAGAGCGACGCAUGUGUUGCUUCCUUGGUCUCCUUAGCGUGGGGUCAGUCGCCAUAUGCUCUGUGACUUUGUUCUUUCAAGCAUACGAUGAGUUUUUGGGAUCAUUCACCGCUAUCGCUUGCUUUGUAGUAAACGCAGUGUUGUACUUGAAGAUUUAUCGUGUCGUGCAACGCCACAAGAGACAAAUCAACGGACUACAAUCGGGCCGAAUACCAAACAGAGGACUUGUAAACAUCUUGCGAUUCAGAACCUCGUCACUGGCUAUGUUCUACGUGUAUCUUAUUUUUCUUUUGUGUUACCUUCCAUACACCUCGCUAGCUAUCGUUUAUCCACUGUUCAGAACCAAUAUUUCUGUUAAAAUCGCAUUUGAAACUUCUUGGACAUUGGUAUACAUGAAUUCUGCUUUGAAUCCCAUGCUUUAUGCUUGGCGACUCAAGAGAAUUCGCAUGGCUGUUAAGGAUAUCUUAUGCAGACUUUACAGAAGAAAAUUACCUCCCCGUACCGUAGAAACUAUCAGGGGCGCAAGCCAAGCUAUACCAUCUUAAUCAUAUUAUUUGCUUUCACAGAAAAUCAUGUCUGAUGUGUGGUUUUGACAAUAGUUAUAAACAAGAUUAAUAAAACGAACAUAGCGUGUAUGUUCACAAAGCAACUUGAAAAUGAUUCAGUUAGGGUCUUUCCAUUUCUGCCCGGUCAGACCAGAAGCAGGGGCGUAGCCAGGAUUUUUCAAGGGGGGGCGGGGGUCACACUGUGUCAAGUGAAGGUA